GACAGGAGAAUCAAAGAGAUUAACUACAAAAUUUCCAGUGCCAUGGUGGUUUUAAAAUCUACUCCUCCAUUAUCAUCUCUCCAGACCAAUCUAAUUCUUUUCUUCAACCUCUCAUCCAAGCACACUUCGUCUUCUCUACUAUUUCUCAGCCAUGCCCACCCGAGUAGAACCACUGGAUCCUCCAGACUCUCCAUUCGGUCUUACAUGGAUAAACCCGAUUCUAUUUCCAAUUUCGCUAACAAGGUCAUCGGUUCACUUCCCGUCGUCGGCCUCAUAGCAAGGAUUCUCAGCGACGAAGGAGGCGUUGGCGGUGACAUUAUCGAUUUUGCUGAGUUCCGAAGGCGAGUUGGAAAGAAGUGUACCAUUACUGAUUCUAGAGCUUUCUAUGAAUUCCGAGAUCGUCGAGGACGGGCAGGGGAUCCUCUGUAUGUUCUGUUAUGCAGUUGGUUAGCAGCAGUUGGUGCUGGUCUACUCAAGUCUGAGGAGAUUUUGGAAGGCGUUGCAAGGCUACGGAUCUCUAAUGACAUUGAAUUUGAAGAGCAGAACUUCAUCGCUUUAAUGAAUGAAGCCAGAGAGAGACGAGCAAGGCUGAAUGCUGCCCCUCCUUCUAUCCCAAUGGAGAUUCGAGUUGAGAAGGCUCUCGAUGCUAUCUACGUGUGUUGCUUCGGAAAGGAUCCCAUAGAGGAUGAAGACGAGAGACUGCUGAUUAUAAUGCUGAGUGCUGUGUUCCCUUCAGUUAAGCAACCGGAGAUCCAGCGGAUGGUCAAAGACAAGAGACAGAAAGUGGAAGAAGGGGUUGAGGAGGACUUUGCUCCCCAAGAAAAGCCCUUGCCAAAAGAGGCUGUAGAGCUGCAAAUGAAGGACCUUCAAUUUCUUAAACAAAAUAGAGACACUUAACUAAGCGAUGCAUGUCAUGAUGUAGUCGCAUUUUGCUCUGGACAAAAAUGUGUUGAGAAUUCCUUUCUUCCUUCCUUUCUUUUUGUAAGCCAACUGACACGACAUUUAUAGAAUCUUCAGCUGUGCUUACUGUCAGAACUUACAAGUAUUAAUGAAAUACGGAGUAGCUUCUAGAGCGAGCAUCAGCCGCUGUCUGAGUACCCUCCAACAUUGUUAUUUUUCA